AUGUUCAAAAAGCGGGAAAGGCCGAAGGCCACCCGGACGAAGGAAGCGGAGGAGCUUGCGGCGGAGGAGACCUCUGCCGUGCCUCUGGCCAGCAAGAGGCAGAAGCGGAGUGGUGCCAUCAGCUCGACGACGGGCGAAGGUGGCAGCAUUGCCGCCUCCACACGCAAGGAGCCGAUGUCAGAAGCGGCGCGAAUAGCAGACCGGCAGCAAGAUGCAGUGUUCUCCGGCUUCAAGGCGAGUGGGUCCACGGAGAACACGCCCUCCUCCGAUGCAGUCCGACGACUGGAGGUGGACACGGACGUUAGCCAGGACAACAGGGCGAUCCUGGAGCGAAACGAGAAGAUUAACCAGGGCCUCAAAGACGGCUCCUUGGAAAAGGGCGUCUACAGAGGCUUGAAGGGCUACAAGCAGUAUGCCAAUAGAAGCGAGCACGCCAUCGCCAACUCCAAGUACACCGGUCUUCUAGGACCACUCCGCAGCAGCCUGAGUAACGUGCGCAGCACGUUGCGAAUCGAGUACAUCGGCACUAGCGGUGAAGGUGGUAUCUGCAAAGACUACAAGGAAACUGGCUACUGCGGCUUCGGCGACUCCUGCAAGUUUGCACACGAUCGGUCUGAUUACAAACCGAGCUACAUCCUGGAGCAGGAGUGGGAGGCCAAGCAGAAGGCAAUCGAAGAGAAGAGGCGGAAGAGGUGGGAAAAGAAGAUGGCGAGGCGGAAGCAAGCGGAGGAAGAGGGCCGAGAGGUGGAGUCGGAAGACGACUCAUCGAUGACGAGCGAUGCGACGGACGAUGAGGAGGAGCUACCCACAGAGUGUUUUGAGUGUGGCGAAUCCUGGCAGCGAUGCAAAAGUAUUCCCGUCCAAACUGUCUGUGGCCACUACUUCUGUGAGGAUUGCGCGAUGGCGGCCUUCGCGAAGUCCGACAAAUGCAUCAGGUGUGGGGCGAAGACCAACGGCAUCUUCAACUCUGCAGACACGCUCCAGGAGAAGCUCAAGGCGAAGAAGGAACGCCGAGCGGAGCGGAAGCGAAUGAAAGCCACCAAGAGGAGGGAGGCUCAGAACACCUUCGGGGUGAACGUGGAAGGAGGCAACCUUGUCUGA